GCUGUCCGGAUGUAGCUGACGUCACCACACAUUUGUUGUAAACAUGGCGUCCGUGACAACAGCCACCUCAGAAUGGAUCCAGUUUUUUAAGGAUGCCGGGAUCCCAGCCGGCCUCGCAGUCACUUAUGCAGUCUCCUUCGUGGACAACAGAAUUCACAAGAACAUGCUGAUGGACCUCAGUAAAGACAUCAUGAUGGACCUCGGCAUUACAGUCAUCGGCGACAUCAUUGCCAUUCUUAAACAUGCCAAGCAGGUCUAUAGGCAGGACAUGUGCAAAAUGGCCACAGAAGCCAUCUCCUCAGGACAGACCAGCGUUAAAGCUGAGCUCAGAAGAACCGCCAAUACCCCUGCCACUCGUAUGAUUGCCAACGCUUUGAGCAAUGACUCCCCGCCGGCCACUCCAGCUCGUCGACCUGACAACCGCCUCUCGGUCACAGUGUCCAACAUGCAAGCAAACAAGAGUGGCAAAGCAGUUGUAAGCCAGCCAGCUGAUGAGGGGAACGGUUUACCAACAGUGAAGCGCCGACGUGUGACAGCUGAGAUGGAAGGCAAGUACAUCAUCAACAUGCCCAAAGGCACCACGCCUCGUACACGCCGCAUCCUGGCCCAGCAGGCCAAGAAAGGUUUGAAACGCACCUCUGUGUUUGCAAGACUUGGGGCCGAAUCGAAGGCAGACACAACAACGAGCAAUAACAAGCCCACUGGUGUGUUCAGCCGUCUCGGCAGAGGGGAUGAAGAGGAAGACGCGCCGAGGCCAGGCAAAAUGGCUGGAAAUAUGGAUGUAGAUGAUGAGGAUGACAGUGACGGAGAAGGCUCCGUCCUCCAGUAUGCUGGCGUCCUCAAGAGACCCCCUCCCUCCCAGAAGAGAGAGCCAGCAGCCACAAAACCGGCCCCGACCACCCUGCGACGCCUGGGAGGCAAAUUCAAACUACCUCCCUCUGACACUCCCACCUCCUCUUCCUCCCCUAAUGGCCUCCCCCCUGCAAAGAUCAGUGUGCUUCAGAGACUGGGCAAGCUCCCCGCCACACACCUGAGCGCCACUACGUCGCCCACACCUGCUGACACACAGGACAACAGGGUGACCAGCACGAAGCCCAAAGCCCAGGAGGGGCCGACCAUAGCGAGCUCCAAGGUCAGCAGCAGCACCGGGGGAGGAGGCGGAGGGGGAGGAGAGUCUCUGGGUGCCCAAAUGGACGUUAGGGCUAUCAGUGUUUUUAAGAGACUGGGCAGCAAGAGAACCUAACACAUAAAUCCCUAAAAAUGAUUCAGACUCUUUCUAUGCGUCCUUUUUAGAAUUUGUAUCACUACCUUUUUGCAUUUAUCCCGGCGACAUGCAGUACUGCAGAUUGAAGUGUUUUUUUCUUCAGCCUGAGUAUACGGAUGGUUAUAACGCUGCUUGUGGCUUUAGGUUUACGCUUAGAUAAACAUUGCAAGUGUUUUUUUUUUUUUUUUUGUUUUUACACUUUAGUCAUGCUGCCAUUGGAAAAUCACCUUUGUUUUAAUGUCCAAGCUUUUUAUUUGAGAACUUUAAGUUCUCUGUGUAUUAUGUUGCUCAACCAGAAAGCUAUUUAUCGCGUAUUAGUCAUAUCUGCCAUGUACCAUUUAAAAAAAAAAAAACAGUUAUAUUUAACUAUAUUUGUGAAGUUAAGGCAUGAGCAUGACUUCAACCAAGCUGCCAUAAUGGUGGUAUUAACUUUACUUUGUAACUCCACAUAUAAGGAUGCUGCUGCCCAAGCUUCCCUUUUCUCACUGUCCUCCUGAAUGAAUACAGUCAAGUAGUUUAAAAUAUUCCCUGCAAGAUGAAUUAUGUUUUUUUGAUAUUUGCCUGAAAGUGAAUUAUUUUUGAUGUUAAAGGUACAGAUAGAGGUAUUAUUUUCCACACCAAGUUAAGAUUAUUUGUCAACACAGGACAUAGGACUAGCCAUGAGGCGGUGGUUGGAUUCGUGUUACCUUCACCACCUCAAAAUUACCUCCUCUGUCAUGUUUGGAAGGUAGAAAAAUUGUUGACGGAAGGCUUCUUAAUUUCAGCCCCGGACUUGUGAGUGAAAAAUAUUUACACCGAACAACCUCUCUGAACACUUGAAUCAAGAAAAAAAGCACUGCACCUCCUCCUCCUCCUCUUCUUCUUCUUCUGCGCUUUGUGGAGUAGAAGUUCUCACCUCUGAAAUAAAUGAACAUUUUCUAUAACCACCUACUUGAAGGCCGGGUCAGUAGAAUAUUGUUUAUUUUGAAAUGCAAUGUAUAGAUUUGUUAGACUCGGUUUCACACAGCACAGAACCAGUUAUGCUGCAUAUUUUUCUAUGUGGACAUCCACGUAUCAUGUAUCCGUGUAAAGAAACUCAGAGAUGCCAUCGGGCCUGGUGUCAGGGGCCACUGCAGGUCUCAGUAGGUAGUUCACCUUCACCUUCAGUAUGGGUCAUUAACACCCGUGUAGUAAACCAGUCAGCCACAACGUUAAAACCACUGUCCGGUGAAGUGAAUAACAUUAAUCUUCUUGUUACAUUGCAAUGUUCUGUUGUGUUCAGGCAUUCAUGUAGAUGCCAUUUGACAUGCACCCAAACACUGUUGCAGACAAGUGAUGCUUUCGGAAACACUCGCUCUGAGUGCCAAAGCGCAGUCUGCACAAACUGUACCAUUUGGAAAUUCGGAGCGCUGUUGGAAUGUCCCGUUCUGUUAUCCACAACACCACACACUAGGAGAGGCAGACUGCACUCUGGGCACUGUGUUUUGGAAGACCAAACAGCAGAGCGCCAAGCGGAGUGAAUGUGAUGAAAUUCACCAUUCAUGGAUUCAUAUAGAAAUGGAACACUUAUUUCCAAUGACAGCGCUCUCAUUUAAGUGUAGAGUGUCGUAUUGGAUUAACGAAUGCACCUCAAGUAAACCCCCUGAUGGUGUUGGCUGUUCCAGGAGGACAAUGCACGUUGCCACACCGCAAAAACUGCACAGGUAUGGCCCGAGGAACGUGCCAAAGAGCUUAAGGUGUCAACCUGGCCUCUAAAUUCCCCAGAUUCCAAUCCAAUCAAGCAUCUUUGGAGCAUACAGAUACCCCAUGCCUCGACAGGUCAGAGCCAAGUCCAAUCCACGGUGGGCCCUCUGACCAGUCGAGACAUGGACACAGAACCUCAGGGGGUGUGUAGUUGUAUCUGGCAUUGGGGUGUCAGCGACGGAUUCUGUGGGUUGCAAGGUUGUACCGGCACGUGACUUGGAUGCCCGAUCAGAUUUGGAUCUGGGAAAUUUAGAGGCCAGGUGCACUUUAAAUCUCAAAGUGGUGUGCAGUGUUUUGCCAUGGUUUUGAAGUGAAUAACAUGUUUACUCAAAACGGUGUGAAAUGAUGUGGCACAGGCUUCUAUGUAUUUUAGUUGGCAGCUAAAUGUAUAUUAUUAUUAUUAUUAUUAUUAUUAUUAUUAUUUGUUUUGGCAAUGUAGACAUACAUUUUCCAACACCAAUAAACCCCUUUGAAUUAAAUUGAGUAAACCUGGCAGUAUUAGCAGGCAGUGCACCUGCAUAACACAAAAGAGAGGGUUCAACAUGCCACCAUUUCUGUUUCAAUAAAGGUCUUGUCGGUGCUUAACGCAGUCCAGGUCGACGCCUCUAGCUCUUUGUCACAACAUUCCUGAGCAGUUUUUGCAGUGGUGCAUGGUGCACCGUCGUGCUGCGGGGCCAUCGAGGAGUGUGGUCGCCAUGACAGGGUUUACUUGGUUUGCAACAGUGUUUGGGUGGAUGGAGUGUGUCAAGGGGCAUCCACAUGAAUGCUUGGACAGGUUUCCCAGCAGAACCUUGCAUUGCAAUGGGAUGAUCAGUGUUAUUCCUUUCACCUGUCAGUAAUUCAAAUUUUGUAGCUGAUUGGUAUAUGUUGGUCUUUCUUCACACCAGAACUUUUAUCACACUGUAAAUAUUUGAAAUGUUAAAAAUCACGUUAAGGAAUUUUUAUUGUCUUAAAAAAAACAAGGUAGAGGAAAAACACACCAUGAAAUGUCAGGAUGUUUUAAAAGAUACUGAGGAAAACAAGUUCUGAACUUGGACAAAGUUUGCUUUGAAAAUAAUUAAAAGAGAAAGGGUCCAAACAUU